AUGGCACACUGGGAUAACAUCAGGAUCAAUACCCCAUUCACAUGGGCCGGGCAAUCGGCCGACGACCCCUUCAGCCAGCAACAAUGGGCAGCAGGCCACGAUGGCUCUUCUGCUCAGCCCAUCGGUCCCGCCGACCUUCUCAGUACCGACGCCCCUAGAAACGAUGAAUCCUUGAUCAAGGACUUUUACAACGAGCUCCCAGAUGGUCUUCAUCAAGCCGGUCUGUCGUCCGCUUGGCCGCCUACUCACGCCGCAGUGGCAGAUCAGAACGAUCUCCCUUUCGACUUGGCCAUUGGCAAUGGAAUCGACCUCGACGCGGCCAAACCUGCUUCGUCAGAACUGGCCCGGACAAGCAGCCAGGCGAGCUCGUCCGGCGUUGAUGAGGAGGAAUCCGUCAUCUUCAGCCAUGCCGGGGACUUCAGUGGGGUUGGGGGGUUCGACGAUAGCUUUGGACACGGCUUCUUUGGCAGCAUCAACAGCCCAAGCACCACCUUCUCCGACACCAUCUUGUCUAGGAACCCCUCUCUGGAGAGCAGUCCCAUCAUUACCAGAUGUCCAUAUCUCAACAUGCAGGCAGAGAGUCCCGUUUCUGGCGCUUCAUCGGCGACGGCGGCGAAUACCCCGCAAUCAUCCGUACUCGGUGUCGACGAUGCAUUGUCCGACAUUGGAUUUACUUCUGCGGAUACUCCGAGAAGCGUGCCGGGGCCGCAUAUCAGCGCUUUGUCGACAGGCCUGGCAAAUCAGUCUUCAUUUUCGGCCAGCUUGAGUCCUACGUCGCCAUUCUAUGACCGGUGGGAUUCUGGGAUUGGGGACGGCAGAGCUGACGAUUUUGAUGCUCUCAUGUGGGAUACUCCGUCGCUUUCCGAGGGCUUCAUACCAUACAACGCGAGCCAACUCGGCCCGUCGUUGGUUGUCGUUCCACCCGAUAUGCCUGACGUAGAGAUGGGCGACUUUGGCGAAUAUGCGACCUCCAAUGCGCAGUCGACCUCCCAGACACAUCCUUUCGACUACCUCACGGAACUUUAUGCAGCUCCUGUAUUGACGCAGCCUCGGAGCGUCCCAAAUACAUCAGCGCCGCAGAACCCUGCCGUAGCCCGUGCGAAUGGUCUUCUGGUCCCAGGUAUGAUCCCGGGUAGAAGACUCAGGAGACGAUCAGACCCGGUACGGAUAGACGCUGCCGUGAGAAGACAGGCCGCAAGACCCCAUCCGACCAUGAACGGCGCCAAUUCCGCAUCACAACGCAGAAGCCCCCUUCAACAGAACACGACCCAAUUCCUGUCAGUGUCUAACUCUCACUUCCAGAGAUUGCGUCCGUCCGAACCACCAAGGAGAUCAGGAGUGACAGAGCCCAUGCCAAUCGUGGCCCGCCCGAGAAGGUUGAGCAACAGCAGCAGCAACAGAUCUUCUGAUGCACAAAGCCUCGUGGGCCGGCCCCGUUCAGGCCCGGCUCGCGGACGCCGGCACGGCCCAAUGGAUCCCGUCUCUCGUGGGCAAGCCAAGGAGACGCGGAACAAGAAGAUGGUUUGCAUUCGCUGCAAGCACUCGAAGCAAAAGUGCAAUCGAAGCGACGAUUCUCCUCGAGGCUCUUGUACCGGGUGCGACAAACACGGCGGCUCUCAAAGAUGGCCAGGACCUUGUGUCAGAGCCCAUUUCGAAGACCUCAUUCAUGCGGGAACGUGUAACUACAUCUCCCAGCACGCCAUCUAUCAUCCGACCCUCGACAAUAAGACCCGCAUCCGCAGAGAACUCCCCAGACAACUCCAAAUCGACAACCUCAUCCACAGGGUAAACCGCGCGCGAGGCCAGUUCAACUUCCGCGUCCACCAAGACGGCCGCCCCAUCUACGUCCUCGACCUCGACGCGUGCCACGAGUACCUCCAAGGUCUCAGACAGCAAAUGGACGGCAGCGAGUGCAGCUUCCAGUCCUUCAUCGACCGAGAAAUCCUGCGCGUCGACCCAAAGACAGACGACUGGGAGCGCUGCAUGACCCAGCUGACGACUUCGCGAGACGAUACCCUCGCCCUCCUCUGCCUCGUCAAUAACAUGCCCAGCCGCGCGGGCUUCUCCUACGUCUCCAAGCGGCAGUAUACCUCCAUGGGCACACAUAUGGAGCAACCCCUGAACGCAGAGAACCCGCUCGAGGCGGAGAACCUCGUCCUCGCGGCCCAGCUCUCGAAAAUCAUCUGCCGCAAGCUAGAGGUCAAAGCCUACGGGAACCUACAGCGCCUCCUGCACGAGUCUGGCAACAUGGAUGACGACAAGGUUCUCCCUUUUUUGCAGAGGCUCGGCCGUAUUCUCCUCACCCUGCGCUGGCGGCUAUCCUGGUGGGCCGUGGUGCCCGGAGACGCUGCCGCCGCCAUGUACGACCAGACGGACGACGAGGCGAGGAAGCAGGCUGUCCACGCGCGGGUGCAGUCGCUGUGUCGGAUUCUCUACUUUUACUACUGCUGCGUCCGGAGGCGGUUGCCGGUGUGGACCAACGUUGAUGCGCUGAGGGGCAUCCAGUCGCGGUACCCGGACACCGAGGCUGAGAUUUGGGAUGAUUUUCCUGGGGACGAGAGUCUUGACGGGUUUGAGGCGUGGAUGGAGCGAGGGAUGGAGCUUAUUCGAGAUGCUGGGGUGUUGAAUCGGUUGCGCGCGAUGGGGUUGACUGCGUGA